AUUGCUCUGCCAGCUCAGCUGACAGCAGCGAGGCGGUCAGAUGAUCAUGGCAGACUCUGGAAGUAGCGAAGAAGUAGCCGUGAUUGGCAACACCGACAUUACUUCAACGGAGUCAGAGAACAACAUCAUAAACACGAUGGUGGAGAGAGGAACAUCUCUGCUAAAGAAAAUGGAGAUAAAUGUGGCCGAGGCUGAAAAGAGAACAGGGAAGAACACCGUCAAUAUGCAGGAAACCUACACAGUCUACCUCAUAGAAAUACGACCAGCUGAAUCUGUCACAGAAGGAGGUACACCAGCUGCACCUGACACUCUGUGGAGACGCUACAGUGAGUUUGAGCUGCUCAGAACUUACCUCCUGGUCACUUACCCCUUUAUUAUUAUCCCCCCACUGCCAGAGAAAAGGGCUGAAUUUGUGUGGCACAAGCUUUCAGCCGACAACCUGGACCCAGACUUUGUCGAGCGGCGCAGAGUUGGUCUGGAAAACUUCCUGCUGCGUGUUGCAUCACAUCAUGUUCUCUCCAAUGACAAAAUUUUCUUCCUUUUUCUCACGGAGGAAAAAGGAUGGAGGGAGGCGGUUUUGGAUACUGGUUUCCAAGAUAAGGUGGACUCCAGACUCAAGUCAGUGAGUGCUAUGCUGAGAGUCAAAAACCCAGACAAGCGAUUCACAGCACUCAAACAGUACAGUGACGAGUUGAACACGGUUGUUUCUCAGCUACUCAGGGUUAGAGCGCGUGUUGCAGACAGACUGUAUGGUGUUUACAAGGUCCAUGGGAACUACGGCAGAGUUUUCAGUGAGUGGAGUGCUAUUGAAAGAGAGAUGGGAGAUGGGCUGCAGAGUGCAGGCCAUCACAUGGACACGUAUGCUGCUUCAAUCGAUGACAUUCUGGAAGAAGAGGAGCACUAUGCGGACCAGCUGAAAGAAUAUCUCUUUUACACUGAUGCAGUCAGGUCAGUCUGUAAGAAACACGAGUUGAUGCAGUAUGAGCUGGAGAUGGCAUCUCAGGACCUUGCUUACAAGAAACAGCAGAAGGAGGAGCUGGUGACUGGGACGGUACGGGUCUUCUCUCUGAAGGGAAUGACCAGUAAAUUGUUUGGCUCGGAGACCCAGGAACAGAGGGAGAGCAGGCUAUCUGCCAUAGAACAGAGCAUCGAAGAGGGGGUGGAAGCAGUGAUGGAGAAGAACACCGAGUGCCGAGAUUUUGUAAGUGCUGCAUGGGAGGACAUUGAACGCUUCAAGGAGCAGAAAGACAAAGAUUUGCGUGAAGCACUAAUCAGUUACGCAAUAAUGCAGAUCAGCAUGUGUAAGAAGGGAAUCCAAGUGUGGUCCAACGCCAAGGAUUGUUUCAAUAAAAUGUGAGCUGCUUCAGACUCCGGUCACACUCUCCACCCAGGCGCCGUCUGAGGUUGCACAGAUGGGGACCAUGUACAUGUACAUUAAUUUCCUUUUUUUUUUUGUGCUAUAAUUUUGCAAGAACGUUCUAGGAGCCCAAAUACUGCCUCUGCUUUUCCUGCAACUCUUGUGAUGAUAAUUCUGUCGAUUUCUCUCUGUCUUUUCAUCGUGCACAAACAUGCUUGGAUACACAACAUUACAAAUUCAAUGCAGAAUUUAAUGAAUUUAAUUGCCUUUUAAAUUCAAGUGUCUUAACCUUUUUAUAACUCUUUUUCUUUUUUUUUUUUUUUUGCUGUUGUGAAUUUGGUACUGAAAAUCUAAAAUGUCCAUGUUUGGUACAAAAUUGACAGCACGAAAGAAAAGUUAAGUCCUGAUAGUUUCUGGUAAGCUGUAAGCUGUCAAAUCUAGUCUUGAGAAGAAGCUGCACUAACUCAUUUUGUACCGUUUUGUAUCUGAAAAUAAAACUAAUUGUUAUUUGCAAAUUUUUGCUAAACGAGAACUUAAAGAAGAAUGUUGGAGGAGAAUGCAUAUAAAAGAAUGGAGAAUGCUUAUGUUUGGGCUCAUUUGAAGUCCACUCAGACAUUUUGAAGCUGUAAGAUUGAUGUCAGUGGAUUUAAGGUCUCAGAAAAAUGGCUGAACUCUUGUUUUAGCUAAAUAAUUUAAGCUAGAAAACUCAGAGCUCUUUUCCUAAAUAGAAUGUUUAAAAAAACAAAGACACUUCAUGUAAAUGUAUUAUUUUUUUUCUUUGUCAUAUUUGCGUUGUAUUGUACUACACUAAUAAUUAAUAGCUGACCAAUAUGUUGAUCACCAAGUGCAUUUUUAAUGGUACUAAUCAAAAGGGAGCAAGCAGGGCUAAUGAUCUUUCUUUGGUUAAAGUAUUGGAUUUGAACAUGCACUCAGUCUAUAGGGAGGCCCGUAGUUCUGCAUCUUUACAGCUGAAUUUAUGGCCUUUUUUUUGGUAAACUGAUGACGCUUUGCUGCCUUUGUCAGGAUGCCUCACCAUUGGGGCUCUGCUGACUAAACGGCCUUUCCUGACGCAUUUUUCUAUUUGUCUUACAGAAAACUUCUUUUAAACAAAGUUUGUUGCCAAAUGAAUCUGACAUCUGAAUGUUGUGCUCAGCCAAACUAAUGUCGUCUUUUACAGAAUUAACAACAAAACUGAAAUCCAUGUUUUUUUCUAGUAAAAACAUCAAAUGUAAUUAUGCUGCCUGAACUCUAAUAAACAUUUUUGAUGAAG